CAUUGUUGUAGCGGUUAAUCGCAAGUCGACGUUUCGGAAUCUAAACAAUAUAACGGCGCCGGUGUUUCGAACAGAUCGCAGUAGUCGCCGUAACUCCAGCCGAUACAUUCACUGAGACGUUGAUAACAGCAUCAGCCAGACGGUCACCUAGUCGGUCGUAAUUUGUUUUCAUUCAACGCUUCAAAUUUCAAUUUCACGCAAAACCCGUUGAAUUCAAUUUGCGUAAUAGAAUUCGGAUUACAUACUUAUUUAUAAAAAGUGAAGUAAAUGAACUUGUAAAUCGUUGUGAUCGGUAUUAAAUUUCGCAUUCGAACAAGACUGUGAUAUUUUUGGUGCCUACUACUUUUACAAAACCAUAGUUAAUUAAAUUAAAAUUAGUUAAAUUCUUUAAACGAAAAUGUACGGCAUAAAAUUAUUAUGCGUGUGUGCGUUAUUAUGUCACUAUGUCACGGCAGCCUCGGUGGUGCCGGUACCACUUAUUCAAACUUCUAAUGUUAAAGAUCCUGGCGUGGAAUUUGUGCCACUUGAGGCAUCCACAACUGCUAAAAAGCAAAUUGAAGAUAAAGCAUUUUGGCAUGAAAUCGCUAUGAAACAACUUAGGAAGAACCUAAAGGUAGCCAAAAAGUCGCAAGAGAAAACUCAUAAGGCCAAGAAUAUAAUAAUCUUCGUCGGUGAUGGCAUGGGAUUAUCAACCAUAACAGCUGGACGCAUUUUUAAGGGACAGUACCUGAAGCAUGGUUCUGGUGAAGAAGAAUUGUUGGCAUUUGACGAAUUUCCCUACACUGGAUUGUCCAAGACCUAUAAUGUGGAUAAACAAGUGCCUGAUUCUGCUGGAACGGCAACUGCAUUGUUUUGUGGUAGCAAAACUGACUAUGGCGUCAUUGGCUUGGAUACGACACGUUCUAAAACGAAUAGCAAUCAAGGACGUUUGAAGUCUAUAAUGGACUGGGCACAAGCAGAGGGCAAACGCACUGGCGUCGUAACCACGACUCGCAUCACCCAUGCCACACCGUCUGCCACCUAUGCACACAUCUACAAUCGCGACUGGGAGUGCGACACCCUUGUACCAGCAGAAUCAGUAGGAAAGUAUGCAGACGUCGCCCGCCAAUUAGUUGAAAAUGCGCCUGGAAAUAAAUUAAAUGUAAUUAUGGGAGGUGGAUUGUCGCCGAUGGGUGUACCGCGCGCCAACGAGCCGAACACGGUUCGCUUCGAAGGUGAUAACGAGAUAGUUUGCAUUCGCGGAGAUGGUCGCAACCUGGUGCAGGAAUGGCUAAAACAUCACAAUAACGAAUCGAGUGUGUUUGUACAAUCACUGGAGGAGCUAAAUGAGGUCAACUUUCAAGAAACGGAUUACUUGAUGGGUCUUUUCCGCAACAACCACAUAACUUAUGCAGUUGGACGUCAAGACGGUGAACCCUCUUUAAAAGAGAUGACACAGGCAGCUAUAAAAGUGCUCCAGCGUGGUGACAAAUCUAAGGGUUUCGUGCUCAUGGUGGAAGGUGGUCGUAUCGAUCAGGCACAUCACCAGAACUACGCUCGCGCUGCCAUGCGAGAGGUACUCGAAUUUGAUAUGGCAGUUCAAGGAGCGCUAGAUCUCACCGACGACGAUGAGACUCUUAUUCUUGUAACAGCCGACCACUCCCACGCGGUUACGCUUAAUGGUUACCCAACACGAGGAUCUGAUAUUCUCGGCUUCGCCAACAAGACCACUGAUCGCAUAGUGUACGAGACUAUUUCGUACGCUAAUGGUCCAGGAUAUUACGAUCAUUUAGCGAAUGGUAGUGUUGGAGCGGCUGGGACUGUUUGGUUACCUCUUGAGUCAUUCACAGCGCAACAACGUAUGUCACCGACAUAUCGUCACAGAGCCACAUUGCCGUUAAAGGAUGAGACUCAUGGUGGUGAGGAUGUUAUAGUAUUCGCAAAUGGGCCGAGUGCGAAUCUGAUUCGUGGCGUUUUCGAGCAGCACUACGUGGCAUAUGUUAUGAGCUACGCAGGUUGUAUGGGCCCAGCUAAAUAUGCUGACGAUAGCUGCAGGGUGGACUUCAGAGAGACUUCAAGUGGGUCCAGCCAAUUAAAACAGCAUAGUUUUGUGUUUUUAGGGGCAAUGUUACUGUUCAAUUUAUUUCAUUCUUAGAACAAAUUCCAAAACAAUGUUUUGUAAAUAUUAAUUAGGACAAAUUUGACUUUUGUUAAAAUAACGAUAUCAAAAUCGUCCUAACUAUGGUUGUAAAUGUUAUGUUUUUAAUAAAUCGUUAAAUCGUAAUUGAC